AUGACCGUUUCCUCCCCGCUCGCUGAGAUGGGCGUGGCCACGUUACGUCAUAGAGCUGGUCGUGGUACCCGAACUCCAACACACCGAAAAGCUCUGAGGUCGGGCAGGGCCGGAGGCGUACCUAGCGACAGCCAGAGAGGGGAUUUGGGCGCGACAGCGGAGGAGUGGGAAUCAUUUUGGAAGCAUGGCGACGUCCUUGUGGCCUGGGACCUCCAGAUCUCCAGCUCCACGCUGUGGGACCUCAGGGUCUGCGGCGGCAGCAGCUCACGAAGCAACUCCCAAUUAAAGAAGAAUUCAUUACUACAGGAAUCAUUAUUAUUUGAAGAUGUAGCUGUGGAGUUCACCCGGGAGGAGUGGAGGCUACUAGACCCCGCUCAGAAGGACCUGUACCAGGAUGUGAUGCUAGAAAACUAUAGCAACCUGCUGUCCGUGGGGUAUCAAAGUCCCAAACCAAUUCAUAUCUUCAGGUUGAAGCAAAGAGACAAACCAUGGUUAGAAAAGGAAAACAUCCACGGUCAGAACUUUCCAGAAGUUGGAGAAAUUGGUGAUCAUAUGCAGUGGUCUUUGGAAAUCCAAAACAAGCGUAAAAAUAUGGAAAGAGGCCGUGAACACAGUUCAUCGGGAAAUGUGUUUCAUCUGAGCAGAAAUCUUGUUACUUUAAGGCAAAACCAUGAUAAGUUUGAUGUACUGAACUCUAAUUUAGAUUUAGUUAACCAGAAUAAAAGCUGUGUAGCGAAGAAUCCUGACAAGUUUAAUAAAUAUGAGAAAUCGUUUCUUCGUACUAAGCAUGAAAAACGUUACACUGGAGUUAAAUGCAAUAAAUAUGGAAACACCAUCUGCACCAAUUCAAAACUCAGUAUACGUCAAACUGAAAAACGAAAGAAACAUGAGUGUAUUGAAUGUGGUAAAACCUUCAUCAAAAAGUCUCAACUCACUGUACAUCAGAGAACUCAUACAGGAGAGAAACCAUAUAAAUGCCUUAAAUGUGGCAAAGCCUUCUGUAGGAAAGCAGAGCUCAAUGUACAUAUGCAAGUGGAAAGAGGAAUAAAACCCCAUGCAUGCAGUGAGUGUGGGAAAACCUUCUCCAGGAAAUCUCAGCUCCUUGUACAUCAGAAAACUCAUACGGGAGAGAAACCCUAUACAUGCAGUGAAUGUGGAAGAGGCUUCAUCCAGAAGGGUAACUUUCUUAUACAUCAGCGAAUUCAUACUGGAGAGAAGCCCUAUGAAUGCAAGGAAUGUGGUAAAGCCUUCAGUCAUAAGCCAUGUCUCGUUGCACAUCAGGUAUUUCACACUGGAAAUCCUCCCUAUGUAUGCAGUGAAUGUGGAAGAGCUUACUUUCAAAAGUCGAGUCUCAUUAGACAUCAAAGAGGUCAUACAGAAGAGAAACGCUAUAAAUGCAACGUAUGUGGGAAAGGCUACUCCACGAAGUCAAUACUCAGUAGACAUCAGAGAGUUCAUACAGGAGAGAAACCCCAUGGAUGCAGCAAUUGUGGGAAAGCCUUCUGCCACAAGUCCUCCCUCACUAAACAUAAGAAAACUCAUAUGAAAGAGAAAUAUGUGGAUUCAGUCAAGGUGGAGAAUGAUUUUCUUGGGAACCACAGCUCAUUAUGCACCACAGAACCCGUACAGGAGAAAAACUCUGUUGAAACAAUGACAGUGCAAGGGCCUUCUGUGGCCAUGCAGACAUCAUUAAAUAUCAGGGGGUUCCUAGCCCAAGGGAAUGUAGUCCUUGUGGGACAGCCUGUUGCCAGAUGUGUACCCUCAGGUAAUAACAGAGAAUUUGUACAGGAGAGAAACCUCAUGAAUGCAGUAAAUGUGGUAGUGCCUUCAGUUACCAAUUAUGUCUUAUUUUAUGUCACAGGAAACGUGUAG